UGGAGAAUGGGAUGGUGGAUGCAGGCAGGUGUUUCACCAGGCAGAUAGAUGCAUGAUUUGCAAGAGGGAGUUUCUGGAACAAUCCCUGGAGCAGCUCUGGAAGAUGCCAGCCUCAAUCCCAGAGGCAGACGGGCGGCACAGAGCCUCAGCAGCAUUUUCCCUGAGCUUCCUCUCUCUAGUCUUCUCCAUCACAGCAUUCAGCAGCAGCUACUGGUGUGAAGGGACCAGGAAAGUUGCCAAACCUUUCUGCAAAGGGGACAGCAAAGGGGACCUGUGCAUCCGCUUCAACAGCAACGGCAGCCAGGCUGUGCAGUACAUCUGGGAGACGGGCGACGACAAGUUCGUGGAGAAAAGGUUCCAUGCUGGCAUCUGGUACUCCUGUGAGGAAAUGAUAAAUGAGGAUGGUGAGAAAUGUAGAAGCUUUAUCAGUCUGACUCCAGCUUCUGAUCGAGGGGUUUUGUGGCUGUCUAUUGUAGCAGAGCUUCUCUACGUCCUUCUGCUCCUGACUGGGAACAUUCUGAUGUCAGUAGAAAUGUGCUACUACAGCUCUGUCAUUGAUGGGCUGAAGAUCAAUGCCUUCUCUGCAGUGGUCACCGUGUUAGCAGGUCUUCUGGGCAUGGUUGCUCACAUGAUGUACACAACUGUAUUUCAAAUGACUGUAAAUCUUGGUCCUGAAGACUGGAGACCUCACACUUGGGAUUAUGGCUGGUCCUACGGCCUUGCAUGGACUUCCUUUGCUUGCUGUAUGGCUGCAGCUGUCACCACUAUUAACAAAUACACAAAAACUAUCCUGGAAUUCAAGCACAAAAGAAAAAAGCUGGAAAGGAGCUUUAGGAUUCAAUACAAGUUUCCUGAGCACAGAGCUCCAGAGAAAGUUUGCAAUGUGUAUGUGAACUCUUUCCAAAACACCACAGAUGACCCCACACAUCCAUUGAGAAGUCUGCGCCACCUGGCCACUAUUUCAGUCCUGUAAAGCUGAACCAGACCUCAGAGCAUUCUGUAAAUUAUAAUACUAGAUCCAAACAAAACAGUGUUCAUGAAUAAAAUGUAUCAAUGUGUAGUAUUAUUUAUUUUUCUUAAUAAAGAAAUUAUAUUUCUGUGG